UACUUAUCUGCUACAGAUCUCUGGAGUUUUCUCUGUUAAAUAGGAAAUUAAUACAAAACUUAUUGAAACAAGUUUAACGGAUUCUGAAGAAAUAUGAGUAGUAACUACGGACCACCGUUUAUACAAGGUGGUGGUGAUAAUGCUGCUUUGUUUGUUAGAGAUGGAGAUUACUUGGGUUGCGGAAGUUACGGGAAGGUGUGGCGAGCGUUUCACAAAAAGUACAGAACUGUAGCUGUUAAAGUUUGUGAGUUAAUGGGUCCAAUUGAGGCAGCGAUUGGAGAUUUCCGGAAAGAAAUUAACUUUAUGUGGAGCACAAACGACUGUCCAUACAUCGUUAGCUGUCAUGGAUACUUUACCAACACAAAUUUGGGGGGAAUAGUUAUGGAGUACAUGGAACAUGGCACGCUGUACGAGCUACUACACCACGACCCACCAAUUCAGAUACCAAUUGAACUAAAAAUUCGGUUUGCGCAAAACAUCGCGAUGGCUUUGGAUUACUUGCAUAACUAUGGAAAAGACCAGCGGAUCAUACAUGGCGAUCUGAAAACCGUAAAUAUUCUGCUGGAUCGCUUUUUAGUAGCGAAACUAUCUGAUUUUGGUGGCUGCAGGUUGCAAACUGUCAGUGCCUUUGCAAGCAACAGAGAUUUGCGGACAGGCGAAAGGAAUGUAUAUACUCUGCCGUAUACUGCACCAGAGGUUUUACAAAACCCAGGAUCCGCGAUUGUAGCAUCGGGUGAUAUGUACAGUUUUGGUGUAGUUUUAUGGGAAGUUUAUACUUGUGAAAGGCCCUUCGCCAACUUUCUAAAUCGUGAUGAUUUGGAACGAGCAAUUCGUAGCAAUAGCGUCAGGUUAGAGAUACCACCUCCAAGCACCAACAACAAGCUGCAAACGCAAAACAGCGAAAACACAAGCCGCCUGGAGUCACGUAUGAUUUCUUUGAUGCGUACCUGUCUCGGUUCGUCUUAUAGUCGUAUUCCGGCAAACGAAGUAGUAAGAUACCUCUUCGAUUACAUGGACACUGGUGCGCUGAUUGUGGAUGAACAGGUACUUGGGGUGCGCUAUUACUUGGAUCCUAUUCGUGCGUCGACUGCUUACAAUAGAAAUAGAACUGAUGUUGUAGCUGCGACGCGAAACCUUAUGUCCACGAAUAGACAACCAUCCACUGAACGUAAUGUUCGUGAGCGUUACAGAGAUCCACCACGCUCGCCCAGAGAGGCUGUACAAAGGGAUGCGUUUCCAGAUUUUAGACAACAAGCGAUUACGGAUCGUCCCCGUAGUCUGCGCAAUUUAACUGUCUCCGAUUGGUACAGGUGUACAAAGUCAUUUGUGAAAACAGUAAUCUUGCCAACUAAAGGCAAUGGUCAUAAAUCAAAUCGGAACAAGCAACGACGGUACGUUGAUUCGAGAAAUACACCAAACGCAAGACGACAAAGCGACAGCAGUGAGUCUUCAAAGAUGAGCGAAGCAAGAGCAGCACCAAUAAACAGGAGUUUAAGCACGAAAAUGGAAACAUCACUGAAAAACAAGCUUUUCAAUUCUAAGUCGACAAAUGUAACUUGCUUGCUGUGUGGUGAAGAUGGGGUAGGAAAACAUUGGGCAGUGAGUUAUGAUGUGCACGGUACAACCAAUAGAGGAACGGGAAAGAGAUUCAAAACUACAAGAAAGAUUAACGGUAGAGAUUGCUCGUUAAAAUAUGAGUUUUCGACCAAAGCAAAAUAUGUGGACGUUAUCUUGUAUUGCUUUCGCAUUGAUGAUUUUGAUACUAUUCAAAAUUUGUUCACAAAGUGGAAUCCAGAAGUGGAGAAAACGUACGGCGGUGCCCGCAUACCAACUGUUCUUGUUGGUCUACAGAGCGAUCUGCGAAGUCACGCAGAUUUAUCGCCAAUGCCAAUUAACAUUGGAAAUGACAAAGCAAAAGUCAUAGGUGCGGAGGUAUACCUCGAGUGCUCUGCACGCACAGGCUACAAUGUCAGAUAUCUAUUUGACUACGCAUUUGGAUUGGCUCUUGGCAAUGUGAAGUAGAUGAAUGUUAUGGGGGAAGAUGGGGCACCUUUUCAUUCGAUUUUUCUCGUUGUUUAAAACACGACCAGGGUAUUUAUAUAUUUUGUGCUAAAGGUGUCCCAUCUUCCCCUAAAGGUGUCCCAUUUCUUGUAUUACUGCAUUAACUAACAAUAACACAGUUUUCUUUGUUAAACUUGUAAAUUUUAUAUUACUGUUUUAACAAACAACAAAAAAUCAUUAUACACACUGUUUCUUUUACCAUCUGUAUAUACCGUAACAAAACAUAAACUUUACCCAAUUCCCCUUAAUAUAAGGUCCUGAUAUACAUACCCCUUCAUUAAUGCUCA